ACAGUUACACAUCAUUACCGAAAACAAAUUAAAUAGGCAGUGAUAUAUAAGUUAUUUUUACGCACCAUUUAACCACUCUCUAAAACCCCCCUUCUCCGAUCCAAGUUCUUUCUCAUCUUUCUGCUCCCAAUUUUUUCCAAUUCGACCGAUCUCGCGUCAGAUUUGGAUCUUUGUUUCUGCGGUACUAUUUUGAUAAGGAUUAUUGGAAAUUGAGUUUGGAUUUGAUUUCAUUUGAUUCAGUAAUGGCUGCUCCUGUGCCUCCAGGGGCACCUAGACCCGGCAGUAACACACCACAGCCACCUCCCCCUAAUUAUGUCCCUAACAUCAGGGGCACUCCUGAUGCACUCGCUGAUAAUAUGCACAAUUUGAAUCUUAAUCGGCCUCCCAUGACCUCGAAUCCUGUUUCCAGACCUCCCCCAUUUGGUCAACCACCACCUUUUCCUUCUUCGGCCUCAUCACCGGGGUUCCCUGGUUCCUCACCGCCAUUUUCACGACCUGGGCCACCUCCUGGAGCCAUGGCGAGGCCUGCAGGGCCUCCUACUGGACAACCAUUGUCUACAUUUCCACCAAAUGUUGCUCAUGGAAGGCCCACUGGGCCACCUCCUGGUCAACCUCCAUCUUUUGUGUCCAGACCCCCUCCUGGCUCUCUUCCACCGUCGGUUAGUGCUGUUGCGCCUGUUUCUGGGGUUCCUCCUCCCGGUGGUUCUCCACAAACCCGUCCGCUAGUGCCACCUCAAGCGACUCCUGGUGCUCGUCCUAGUCCGGGUCCUUUUUCUUCACCGCCAAUGAGUGCUCCCCCGGCUGUAGUCCCUACCAGUGCAUCGGGUAAUUUCAUGAAUAAUGGACCGCCUGUAUUUUCUUCCGGGGCUUUGGCAGGUCCCCAACGCUUUCCUGUUGCCAGUGUGACACAACCUCCGGUUGGACCUCCUCCAACCAUGAGAGCUCCACCAGGUCCAGUUGGUCCCCAAGCCCCCUAUCCCAUGGCAUCUCAAGGAAUAAUGCAGCCUCCAAGUUCACCUUUUGGAGCCCCUUCUUGGCAGAUGCAAUCCCAGCAGGUAGCACCACCUCCUCCUGUUCCUGGUCCUUCACAGCCUCCUCGGAUGUUUGGCAUGCCACCACCAAUGGCAAAUCAAUCUAUGACUACUACCAUAUCACCUGCCGUUGGUCAAACUGGAGCCCCUAUGGCAGGGCCUUCCAAAAUUGAUCCCAAUCAAAUUCCAAGACCUACUCCUGGUUCCUCUGUUAUUUUGCAUGAAACUCGUCAAGGCAACCAGGCAACCAUUCCUCCGUCUGCUACAAGUGAUUUCAUUGUAAGAGAUACAGGGAAUUGCAGUCCACGUUACAUGAAGUGCACAAUCAAUCAGGUUCCUUUCACUGCUGAUCUUUUGGCAACAUCAGGAAUGCAAUUGGCUAUGCUAGUCCAACCCCUGGCCCUUCCACACCCAUCUGAGGAGCCUAUUCAAGUUGUUGAUUUUGGAGAGAGUGGUCCUGUUCGUUGCUCUCGUUGCAAGGCUUACAUUAACCCCUUCAUGAAAUUCAUUGAUCAGGGAAGGCGUUUCAUAUGCAAUUUAUGUGGAUUUAGUGAUGAAACUCCACGGGACUACCACUGCAAUUUAGGUCCAGAUGGUCGGCGUAGAGAUGCUGAUGAAAGGCCUGAGCUGUGUAGGGGGACCGUUGAAUUUGUUGCAACAAAAGAAUUCAUGGUUCGUGAGCCAAUGCCUGCAGUGUACUUCUUUCUCAUUGAUGUAUCCAUGAAUUCUGUUCAAACUGGUGCAGCAGCUGCAGCUUGCAGUGCAAUAAGUCAAGUUAUUUCGGACCUUCCUGAGGGUCCUCGUACAUUUGUGGGAGUUGCAACUUUUGACUCAACAAUUCAUUUCUACAACUUGAAACGUGCACUGCAGCAGCCACUGAUGCUCAUCGUUCCCGAUGUCCAAGAUGUUUAUACUCCCUUACAAACUGACGUAAUUGUUCCACUAUCUGAGUGCCGUGAACACUUACAAUUACUUCUUGAAAGCAUUCCUACCAUGUUCCAAAAUAAUAGAACCUCCGAAUCAGCCUUUGGUGCAGCUAUCAAGGCAGCUUUCCUCGCAAUGAAGGACACUGGAGGAAAGUUGUUGGUUUUCCAGUCAGUCUUGCCAUCUAUUGGCAUUGGUGCCCUCUCUGCACGGGAGGCUGAAGGUAGAACAAACAUCUCUGCAGGUGAAAAGGAAGCCCAUAAAUUACUUCAACCUGCAGACAAAACGUUCAAGGAACUGGCUGUUGAAUUUGCUGAGUAUCAGGUUUGUGUUGAUGUGUUUGUGACUACUCAGACUUAUGUAGACAUUGCUUCCAUAUCUGCCAUCCCUCGGACUACUGGUGGACAGGUCUAUUACUAUUAUCCCUUCUCAGCUAUUUCUGAUACGGCAAAACUUUACAAUGAUCUUAGAUGGAACAUCACUAGGCCACAAGGUUUUGAGGCUGUAAUGCGUGUGCGGUGCAGUCAGGGUAUCCAAGUGCAGGAAUACUAUGGCAACUUCUGUAAACGCAUCCCAACUGAUGUUGACUUACCUGGGAUUGACUGUGACAAAAAUUUCAUGGUAACUUUGAAACAUGACGAUAAGUUACAGGAUGGAUCAGAAUGUGCUUUUCAGUGUGCCCUUCUUUACACAACUCUAUACGGCCAAAGAAGAAUACGUGUGGUGACCUUAUCUCUUCCUGUCACUAGCAUGCUCAGUAAUCUGUUCCGUGCAGCUGAUUUGGACACUCAAUUUUGCUGUUUCUUAAAACAGGCUGCUAAUGAGAUUCCUUCAAAGCCACUCCCACUUGUUCGGGAACAAGUGACAAACCUUUGCAUCAAUGCACUAUUUUCAUACCGUAAAUUUUGUGCGACGGUGUCCUCAUCUGGACAACUUAUUCUCCCUGAGGCACUAAAGCUUUUGCCCCUGUACACACUUGCAUUAACUAAGAGUACAGGGUUGAGAACGGAGGGGAAAAUAGAUGAACGGUCAUUCUGGAUAAAUUAUGUGUCCUCUAUCUCUGUUCCAUUGGCAAUACCACUUGUGUAUCCUAGGAUGGUGGCUAUCCAUGAUCUUGAAUCAAAGGAAGAUGAAGAUUCUGUUAUUCCUGCCUUUCUUCCUCUUUCUAGUGAACACAUUAGUGAUGAUGGAAUAUAUCUUCUUGAGAAUGGUCACGAUUGUUUGAUAUAUGUUGGAGACUCUGUGAAUCAUGACAUUGUGAGGAAACUGUUUGGCGUUGCUACAAUUGACGAAGUCCCUACUCUGUUUGUAUUGCAGCAAUAUGACAAUCCACUAUCGAAGAGGUUAAAUGAAGUGAUAAAUGAGAUACGGCGGCAAAGAUGUUCCUACCUCCGGUUAAAGCUCUGUAGGAAAGGGGAUCCAUCAGGAAUGUUAUUCUUCUCAUAUAUGAUAGAAGACAAGAGCGCAGGUGGCUUCUCCUAUGUAGAGUUUCUUAUCCAUGUUCAUAGGCAAAUUCAAAAUAAAAUGACAUCAUAAAGAGUAUAAUGGCAGCUUCAUUUUUGCAAGCUUUUAGACCUUAAAGAUAGAGCAAGCCCCAAGUAUAGGUGAGAUUUCUGCGUAUUUCUGCGCAUUCAAAUGCCUUGAGUUUGUCAGAGGAAAACCAUGCGACACAUUUUGUCAAGUUUUGUUGAUGUACAUUGUAUAAGAUAAUUAAUGAUGGUGAUAGUUGGAUUAUCUGAUAUAUUUUUUUUUUUGGGUUCUACUGUUACUCGACAUAUCAAAUUUUAUGUCCAAUUGUGUUUUAAUGCGAAAUAUUGUGUCAUUUUUAAUAAAUAUCGAACUUGCA